AUGACAGAUUUGGAUCGUUCGCCAAAGUCGACCCCAAGGAGAUUGCUUUGGUGAGGAAGAUUGAUCUGUACAUGAUGGUUUGGUCCGCCCUAACCUCCUGGAGAUUGAACCAUUUUGACGAUUACUAGCCGAUCCUUUGGCUAAUGUACUUCCUGAACUUUCUUGACCGCAAUGCGAUGGUGAAUGGCAAGCUCAACAGUCUCUCUGAAGACUUAAACUUAAAGGGGACGGAGUACAAUACCUGUAUUAGCAUUCUCUUUGUUGGAUACCUUCUUGGCCAAGUGCCUUCCAACAUGCUCCUCAAUCGAGUCAGGCCUUCCUGGUUUAUGGCUGGGUUCAUGAUGGCCUGGGCGAUUGUCUCUACUCUCACAUGUCUGGUCAAAGACUACCACAGCAUGCUCGUCUGUCGACUACUGCUCGGCUUCGUCGAAGCACCGUUCUACCCUGGGGCGCUUUUCAUGAUAUCUUUAUUCUACACCCGCAAGGAGGCGACCACCCGCAUGGCUAUCCUCUAUACUGGCAAUAUGCUCGCCAGCGCCUUUUCCGGUCUGAUUGCCGCCGGUGUCUUUGCAGGCCUGGAUAAGACACAUGGCCUGGCAGGGUGGCAAUGGCUUUUUCUCAUCCAAGGGGUGGUAACUGUUGGGGUCGCUGCUGUCGCCUUCUUCGUCCUUCCCAACGCACCCCGCUCAACACCAUGGCUCACCCCUGAGGAGCGACAGCUUGCCGACGAAAGGAUUAAACGAGACACUACGCAGAGAGAAGAAGGCACCAGCACGUGGGUUGGCCUCCGCCAAGCCUGUAUGGAUUACCGCACAUGGAUCUUUGCCUUGAUGUGCAAUCUACAUCUGUCGGCGAACGGGUUCAAGAACUUCAUGCCGACCGUGGUAAAAACUCUUGGUUUCAACUCCACGAUAACACUGGUUCUCACCUGCCCUCCAUAUCUCGUGGCUACAUUCACGUCCGUCGCAGUGUCAUGGUCAUCGGGGCGCUUCAAUGAACGUACUUGGCAUGUUACCGUUUCCAAAGCCCUCGCCAUUGUUGGAUUCGCGCUUGCCUGCGGGACCUUGAAUAUUGGUGCGCGGUACUUCGCCAUGAUUCUGUUUGUCGGUGCCACCUAUGGUGUGAAUAAUAUCAAUAUCGCGUGGACUGCUGCGACGCUGGGCCAAACAGAUGAAAAGAAGGCUGUCGCAAUUGCCAUUACCAAUACCUUGGGCAAUCUGGCCAGUGUCUACACACCAUACCUUUGGCCUGACAGUGACGCUCCACGGUUUGCCCUCGCAAUGUAUUGCAGUAUCGGAUUCUCGGUCGGAGUGGUCAUCCUCGCUUGGGUCAUGCGAAUAAUCUUGGCACGAGAGAACAGAAAGCUUCGGGAAGUAGACUCGGGAGUCAUCAACCUCUAUGCCUAUUGAAGUAAAAUGAGAAAUAGUCAGUUUGUUGCGCGCGUUUAAUGUGAUAAUGUUAAGGGAGACACGCCUUGCAUGUCUGGAG